AUGGUUAUACAUGAAGAAAGAGGAGUAGCUUUUAGUCGGGUUGGAUAUUAUUAUGAAGUAGAUGAUAUUUUUGGAUUAGCAGUCACUGUACCAGUUACACAAUAUGCAUGUUCUAUUUUAUCCAUGGAGCAAGUUGAGAAGUUAAGCUUAUGUCUCGAGUAUCAGGAAUCGAUUCGUGCCAGACUUGAACAAGAGGAUAUUGCUAGUCAAUCUUCUAUUUCGGACUUCUUAAAUACAAUUAAUAAUACUCGAUUUUCUUCUAUAAAAAUUCCUAUGAAAACUCUUCAACGUCACCAUCAUCGUAGUAAGCGUCUUAUACCACUAAUUAUUGGUGUUGCUGCCGGCACUCUUGGGCUGCUUUUUACAGGAGGUCUUACUAUUUUUAACACUAUCAAAGCUGCACAGUUGAAUAGUCGAGUUACAGAUAUUCGGAACCGUGUAUCUGACACUAAUCGUCAGUUACAAAGUUUAGAACUCUCCGUGCUGACUAAUACGAAUAGUACACUUCAACUUGCACGUUCUUUUAAUACAGCUCAAGAAAGUAUGGAAACGAUGAGAACAAUCGUGGAGUCUAUUGUAAACCGUAUUUUCCGGCUAGAUUUAUUUGCCGAGGCGCAGACACGUUAUAACUUAAAGACACACGCAGAGCGUGUUUAUGAUCGAAUGAAGAACUCGAUGCGUCGUAUCGAACGCAACGAGCUUAAUUUGGAUUUUGUAGAAAUGGGAGAACAAAAUGAAAUUUUUGCGCUUGUGUAUGAACGGUUAAGAAAAUCAGUACCCACACCCUCUGAAUCAAAGGCUACAUUUGUAUCGCGCAUGCUUGUUGCGCAGACUGUUUAGUUUUUUCCAUCAGAAAACGCUUCACAUACUAACGAUACAACCGGUUACUACCCUGAGCAUUUAGGUAAUGUUGUGUUUACAUCUUAUUUCUCUGUUCUUAAGACAAAUCUAAAUGAUAAGAUGCAAGUUUAUAAACUUACUGGUUUACCUUUUUUCGUUGCGGAAGAAGAUACAGGAAAAGAGAUUGUCGGACUACCAAAGAUGAUAGGAUUGUCCACCACUGGCUGUAUUGAAUGGCGAGAUAGUUUAGAGCAGUCAGUAUGUGACUUUGGAGACUACACAAUUUGUCGAGAGCCGCCAAUUGUACAGAAACGUAUUAAUAAUAUGUGUCUUGAGCAGCUCAUGUCAACUAAUCGUUCAUUCCAUUGUCAGUUAGAAAAUUCUCAAUAUAGCUCUCCCCAUUUCAAGCAGCUUGGUCCCGGUUUAAUGGCAUUGUCAACAAGAAAACCCAUCAACUGUGCCAUAACCGGAGGAUUUCAUGUCUUAAAAAAACUGACAUUAAUCCGUUUAAAUUGUAACGAUACAUUUUACUGUGAGGGUAAUAUCAACUUUAUUAGCGAU